AAUUGUAGAUAAUAUAAAUUGUAGUUCUAAUGUAUUUUCAAUGCUAAUAUUUUUUAUCAGUAUUUAAUUGAAUUAAUACAAUAAUCGUAAAGCACUUUAUUAGAUUAAUAAUUUUCUAGUUCAAAAUGUAUUUCAAGAAAUAUUAGCAAGAUGUUUAACAAGUCCUAUGAAAAAAUAUACUUAUUCUGCGUGUCAAAUAAUAUUUUUGUUAACUUACCGCACAAGGUUCACUUCAUGAAAAAUUAUGAAGACAAAACAAUUUAUUAUUCAGAAGAACCAAUAUUGAAUAGAAGAAGCACUUACUACGUGUCACCUCAAUCAGUCAAGAGUAAUACACCAGAUAAGGAAUACUACAAAUUUGUUUUGUAUUCGACUGCUGAUGAAAAUCAUUGAUGACCGUUAUCAUGAUCUCAUUGCCACAAUUUUUUAAAUAACUUGGUUACAUAAAAGGAACGAAGAGUGGAACGAGUUCUUAUUUUGGAGGAACUGGAUCUGGAACAAGUUCCUUCUUAAUAUAAAGAACUAGGAUCUGGAACGAGUUCAUAUUUUAGAAAAUGAACGGGGAACGGAACGAGUUCCAUUUAAAAAGGAACUUUCCCAACACUGCCAUUUAGCGUUAAUUGAUAAAAUAAUCAUAUUUAUAAAUCUUUAUUAUAUAAAAUGGUAUUAUAAUGAAAAACUGAAUAUAUUUUUAUUGAGAGCAUUUCAUUACUUGAUAUUUGUGUGUGCUAUUGAAUCAAAAAACAAAAUUGAUAUUGAAAAAAAUUAACUGCUAUUGUUAUUCCACUGUACUAUUCAAAUGUUUAGUACUCUAUCACUGAAUGACUAGUUUUGAUGAUUUUAAUUAAAUAUAAUCAUUUAUAAUAUUUUUUAAAGGUUCAGUUAAAUUAUUAUUAAAUUAAGCUCGGGUUAGAACUCUGGAAAAAUUAUAAAAAUGAUUAUACGUCAUACAAGAUUCAAAAAAUAUUAUACAUCUAGAUUGUUGAAUCAAUUAAAAAAAUGUGAAAGUUAUUUCAUAUUGUAGUUAUUUUAUGAUUCAAAUAAUUUUGUCAACAAAAUCAAAUAAAUAUUUUAUUUAUGUGUAGCAUAAACUCAUAUAUUCACAGUUUUGACUCAGUUUUUGGGAAUACCAUCUAAUUAUUAUUUAGUUUUUUAUUGUUAUACUGAAAAAGAUUGAUUCAUUUAAUUAGAAAACAAUGAAAAAUAAAUAUUUUAAAUAAUUUUUGGUUAUUAAUUUUUUUUACGUUACAUACACUUUGUUUUAUAAAUAAGUUUCAUACAUUCACUUAUAUUAAUAUUAUUAAUUAAUUAAUAUUAAUAAUUAUUUUAAAUGUCUACACUUAUUUUAAUAGUACAGUAAUUAUAAAAUUUAUUUUAAAUAUCAAUAUAUGUUUUUAUUAAUUUGCAGGUCGAGCAUUAGAGAGAAAUAUGUCUGAUUGGGAAAGAG